AGCAGACGGUGAUGAUUUUACUGCUCUAUAUAAGUGAAGUGUCAUCCAGUACCGGACAGUGUCAGUGGUGCUGUGGUACAUCUUCUACACCUGUGAGUCAGUGCUCAUGAAUCCUGACUGAUUAAUCCAGGGUGAACUGUUCUACUCGCCCUGGCUGCAGUAAGUGGCUUCUUCUCUGGCCGCACACACUGACAUGAGAUCAGUCUGGGCAUGGCGUCCUUCUCCACUUACUGUAAAACAGCGGGAGCAGCUGAGGACGAAACCGGCGAUCAGGACCAGUCACUGCAGCACAUGCUGAAAGCAAUCGCUGAUGAACGGAACCGACUUAAUAUCCGACAAGAAAUCAGCGGUAUCGGGUGUUUUAAGGAUGACCGGAUUGUUUUCUGGACAUGGAUGUUCUCCACAUACUUCAUGGAGAAACUGUCAUCUCGUGAGGACGACAUGCUCUUCUACGUUCGACGGAAACUCUCUUAUGUUAGUGCAGACAACACAGAAGGAAAGAAGGUAGAGGUGGAGGUGUACCGAAGAGACUCCAAAAAGCUGCCUGGCCUGGGAGAUCCUGAUAUAGACUGGGAGGAGAGUGUGUACCUGAACCUCAUUUUACAAAAGCUGGACUACGUGGUCACGUGUGCAGUGUGCACCCGCACAGAUGCUGGAGACAUUCACAUCCACAAAAAGAAAACACAGCAAGUGUUCGCCUCGCCCAGCAAGCACCCGAUGGACAGCAAGGGAGAAGAAUCCAAAAUGAGCUACCCGAACAUCUUCUUCAUGAUCGACAACUUUGAAGAGGUGUUCAGUGAUAUGACUGUUGGUGAGGGUGAGAUGGUGUGUGUGGAGCUGGUAGCUAGCGAUAAAAGCACCACCUUCCAGGGAGUGAUCUUCCAGGGCUCCAUCCGUUAUGAGGCCCUCAAGAAGGUCUAUGAUAAUCGGGUGAGUGUGGCUGCUAAGAUGGCUCAGCGCAUGUCGUUCGGAUACUACAAGUACAACAACAUGGAGUUUGUGCGAAUGAAGGGUCCUCAGGGGAAAGGACAUGCCGAGAUGGCUGUAAGUCGAGUGCCAACUGGAGACACGUCACCCUGCGGUACCGAGGAGGAGCAGGUCUCACCUCUGCAUGAUAGGGUAACGUCAUUCAGUACUCCUCCAACCCCAGAGAGAAACAGGCCGUCCUUUUUCUCUCCCUCUCUGCGCCGCAAAGUGCCCCGAAACCGCAUUGCGGAGAUGAAGAAAUCCCAUUCAGCCAACGACAGUGAGGAGUUCUUCAGGGAUGAGGAUGAGGAAGACCUGUGUAAUACGACGAACCUGCGCUCGCGCUCUCUCUCGGGGACAGGACGCUCACUGGUGGGUUCCUGGCUCAAGCUAAACAAGACAGAUGAUUACUUCCUGCUCUACUCACAUCUCACCUAUGUUACACUUCCUCUGCACCGGAUAACCACAGAUAUCCUGGAGGUGAGACAGAAACCCAUCCUGAUGAUAUAGCCGUUCCUGGCCUCCCCUAAACACGUGACUAAGUGCCUCUUCACAUCAGGCCCCUGAGACAACAGCGCCAUCUAGCGUCAAAACUCGGAACCAAAAACACCAAUAAAGAAAAAGCGAGAACAAACAAGAGACCUUGAGACUUUUCAAAACCAGCCAAUCAAGAAGUGCCUCUUCCACCUGUUCUUCUGUGAGUGUCUGGCUGUAUGUGGACACUGAGCGUGUGAACACUGUCCGAAACGUCUCGUCCAUCCGAUCGGCUCAGGAACGGAAGGCAGGACUGGCUAACGUCUCCGCCUGCGAGUGAAAAGGACAACAUAUCAAAGAAUAAUAACAGUAAAGAAUGUGUGUAUGUGUGUGUGUGUGUGUGUGUGUGUGUGUGUGUGUGUUUGUUGUAAAUACACUGCUGCUUAAUAGAAUACUCAGUGAAUUUACCAACACGACCCUCUUCUCAGCCUUGUGUACAGAGACCCCACUGGGUCUGGCAGUGUUGUCUAUUUGUGCAUAGUGCUUUUUUCCAAAGGCAGCCAAUCCCCCCCCUCGCCCCUCCUCAAUCCUUAGGCCUUAAAACUUCCUGAACAGAUAACGUGGCGUCGAGUUGACUUGUUUUAUGGCCUACUUACUGCUUCACACACUCGGAGUCUGGACUUGGAAAUGCUGGACGUGUCUUAAGUUCACACAUUAGAAAGAAAGCUGCACAAGUAGAAUUUUCAGUUUUUCUUAAAAAGACGUGAUAUCUUCAUUUAUUCGUGUGUUUGAGAUCUUUGUAAUCUUUUUGAUUAAUAUUUAUAACUGGCUGUUGGUGGUGAGAUGAGUUCAACUGACAGAAAAUCCACUGACUAUGUCUUCAAGAUUAAAAAAGAAUGUAUUUCAGAGGAAAACAGCUGACAUGUUGGAUUAUUGUUGAAUUAAAGAGUUAAGGAAGCUUU